UCGGGCUCGCGGUGCCUUGCCUUUUUGUUAUUGUAGCGAGCGCGCUGCUAGGAGAGGCUGCUGGAGCUGCAGGAUGUGUGAACAGAGACAGAGAGGCUGAUAGACUGAUAGCAACUGAGAUAAGAGGCACAGACAGGUACAGCCACUGGAAGAAAGAGGUGGAAAAGGGGGAAGGCAAUUUGGAAUACUACUUCACCUAUAGCUACCACUUCUGCUUGUUUCCAAGUACUUCUGUAGAUUUGUGAGUACACUUAGCUGAUGACUUUAUUUGUGCGACGGGUGGCUCUUUUUCUUUUGUGCGAACCAGCAGGCUAUUUAUUGUGUCCCUUACCACAAGAUCAGUUUGUUUCUCAAGUGAGACAGAAGAGAACCAGGGAAGCCUCACUCCACCCCCGCCCGAGACGUGUUCUGUAUCACAAUCCAGAAACACGAUUGGGAAGAGAGGCAGCCAGUGUGGAAGCAUGUCGGUGAACCCCCCCAGCAGUAACGACGCCUGCCUCAGCAUCGUGCACAGCCUGAUGUGCCACCGGCAGGGCGGGGAGAACGAGGGCUUCGCCAAGCGCGCCAUCGAGAGCCUGGUGAAGAAGCUGAAGGAGAAGAAGGACGAGCUGGACUCCCUGAUCACGGCUAUCACCACCAAUGGCGUGCACCCUAGCAAGUGUGUCACCAUCCAGAGGACCCUGGAUGGCCGGCUGCAGGUUGCAGGGCGUAAGGGCUUCCCUCAUGUGAUCUACGCCCGGCUGUGGCGGUGGCCAGACCUGCACAAGAACGAGCUGAAGCACGUCAAGUUCUGCCAGUUUGCCUUCGACCUCAAGUACGACAGCGUCUGUGUCAACCCCUAUCACUACGAGAGAGUGGUGUCCCCUGGCAUCGUUGGUCUCAGUAUCCAGAAUACAGGGGUCCCCUCGCCUCCGCUGCCGCUGGCGCACCCAGGACGACAGAUCAAAGAGGAGUACAUCCACGACUGCAUUCAGAUGGACCUCCCGCCAAGGAUGGCGCCCCCGCAGGACCACCACCUCAAACUGCACCCUCCCGAACGCUACAGCCAGCCCCUCCCGCCCCUGCAGCUGCCCCCGGAGCCGCCCCACACCCCCACGCCCGUCACCCUCUACCCCAGCAUGCCCCGCUCGCCGCCUGCCAGCAGCUCCAUGCUGUCCAUGCAGGGGAGACACGGCGAGGGUCUGCUGCAGAUCGCCUCCCCUCACGGCCAGGGCGUGGCCCCCACGCCGCCCCCCUCCGCCCCCGCUCACGGGCCCCCCCAGCACCCCCCUCCCUCCAAAAACAGCUACGGCGGCUCCAAGCACAAGCAAACGCAGGGGACCUUCCACACUACCUGGACAGGCAGCAGCACGGCCUCCUACACCCCAGUGGGACCCCAGCAGAAUGGGAGGAGCCAUCAGCAACCACCCCUUCACCACCCCUCCCACUUCUGGUCUCAGCAUCACAGCUCCUCCCCGUUUCCUCCGCCUGUCUCCGGCCAUCCAGGCCCGGAGUUCUGGUGCUCCAUCUCCUACUUCGAGAUGGACAUGCACGUGGGGGAGAUGUUCAAGGUCCCGGCCAGCUGCCCCGUGGUGACGGUGGACGGGUACGUGGACCCCUCGGGGGGCGACCGCUUCUGCCUGGGUCAGCUCAGCAACGUGCACCGCACCGACGCCAGCGAGAGGGCCAGGCUGCACAUCGGGAGGGGGGUGCAGCUGGAGUGUCGGGGCGAGGGCGACGUGUGGAUGCGUUGCCUGAGCGACCACGCCGUCUUCGUGCAGAGCUACUACCUGGACCGGGAGGCCGGGAGGGCGCCCGGGGACGCCGUGCACAAGAUCUACCCCGGGGCCUACAUCAAGGUGUUCGACCUGCGCCAGUGCCACCGGCAGAUGCAGCAGCAGGCCGCCACGGCGCAGGCGGCAGCGGCAGCGCAGGCGGCCGCCGUGGCGGGGAACAUUCCGGGCCCCGGCAGCGUGGGGGGCAUCGCUCCCGCCGUCAGUCUGUCGGCGGCGGCGGGGAUCGGUGUGGAUGACCUGCGCAGGCUCUGCAUCCUGCGGCUGAGCUUCGUGAAGGGCUGGGGGCCGGACUACCCCCGGCAGAGCAUCAAGCACACCCCCUGCUGGGUGGAGGUGCACCUGCACCGGGCGCUGCAGCUGCUGGACGAGGUGCUGCACACCAUGCCGCUGGCCGACCCCGGCCCCGCUAACUAGACCGCGGGAAGGAGGCGGGGCCCCGUGAUGGAAAGAGCUGGCGCUGGAUUCGCUCAGAAAGGUUCCCACGACUAAACCCUGAUUUAUAUUUAUCACUGCCCACUACCAAGCAGCUGAGCUCAAGACUUCAUUGGGUCAGAACCGGGUUUGGGACCCUGAUCUCUGUCCCGGUUCCCCCGCAGGAGAACCCAAAUUCUGUAUACGCACAGAGAACAAAGCUUCUCCCUUCAACGGAUCUUGAAAAUGAGUUUGGACACCUUUGUAUUCCCUUUCUGGUGUAGAGAGGAACCAGUGAGACUCUGAACCAAGAGGCUGGAAAGAAGCUGGAAGAGGCUGGGACCACAUGGCUAGUUCACAUGGAACCCGCCCUUUGAUGAGAGCCUACUCAAAACUGAAGAACAGAGAUCUGGUUUAUAAAACCAAACCCUGACAGAGAAACAUACUGCUGCUCAGACCGGCAUGAUGUUGCAUUAAAAAAAAAUCCCAAUAGUCAGCUUCCUCUGAAAGCUCUCUUUUCCUGGUGUCUUCAUGUGUUUAAAUAUAGUGUAUUUGAAAAGUUGAAGUUUUCAGGUUGUCCUUCUCCCUCAUGUUAAAUGUUCUGCUCUGAAUGAGUGAAAGUAACCAAAAUAAAAAGCCAGAUAAAUGGCUUUAAGAUAACAGUAUGGAUCUCAAAAGACAGUGAAGCACUGCAUUUGCCAAAAAAAAUAUAACACAAAUGACCAAAGCCAGGGUAUCUGGAGCACACGACUGAUUCCACUACCGAAACCUCUGACCUCCGUGACCUCUGCUUGAACUGUGACAAGUCUGUAGGUUGAACACACCCUGUGGGGAUGGGGCCUUACUGUUGGUCUGGUCCUUGUGGAAAGGUGCCAAUGUAAAUUCCGCUUGGGGAAGAUACACACACUGAAUUGCAGAGUACAGGAGUAAAAUAUGCAUUUUUAGCCAAUGCUAGCCACUAAAUGAAUGGAAAAUGGCACCUUUUAGCUGAUGUAGUGGGGCUAAUGUGAUAGGGUGCUAGAAAUGUCAACAUUGAGCACAAUAUUCUUAAAUGCCAUCAUACCAAAUGAGCCAUAGUCUGGGUUCUCCAACUCGCCAUUUAGCAAACGGCUGGUUUUAAGGGACGCUAAAACAAAUGCAAUUUGUAAAACCAAAUGAACAAUGGGCUUCACCUUCCUCAGAUCCAUGGAUAGACUGGUGGAAGGACAGAUUCUUAUCUGUCUAUUUCAUGCACCCAUGCAUUUUGCUUGUAAUAUUUUACUGUGGCGGAGGUCUUGAUUUACCCUGUUUUAAACCUAAAUUGUAUGUUCUUUGAGCAUUAGAGCAUCUAAGAUUAGGGCUGCUCCUGUAACCAUUCUUGUUCUUGCUAGCAGAACCAUCUGUGGCGCUAGCAUAAAAGUGACCGAGUGGUAAAUGAAGUUAAAUGGCCACCUUUAACCAAAAUAUAGAAGGGCAAUAAAAUUGCAUAUUUUGUAUUUAGUGUAAACAGGAGGGUGCAGUCAGGUUUUUUGACUGCCACAAUUUUGUUCAUUGACUAUUAUUUAUAACAUAAUCAUAUUUGAUAUGUAUAAGCCAUCAGAGUUGUAUGUACUAAGGUAAUUGAAUUGUAGCCUGAGUGGUUAGCUGGGUGAACUGUAGAUGGUCUCAGGUCAGAGAUGACUUUCAGAGAGCUGGAGACUUGUUAGAGGUUCUCUCUGAAACAGAUGAGUGCCUUUUAUUGCUAAGUAGAAACUUUACAUUGUAAAAAUACAGUAAUCCUAUUUGUUUUAAAGCAUUGCACUGAAUGUAUGUCUGUGGUAGCAUGACCUACUACAUGCACUUACUUUCUGUGGAGAAAACAAAGAUGUACACAUGCAUAUCUAUAUCUGAACAUUUUGACCAAUCAGCCCACUCAGGGCUGACACCUAGUGAUCCUGUUUGGUACUACAUGCUGACACCGUUCUGUAUUUUUGUAGAAUCAAUGUUUUAUGUGAGGUAGUUUUUUAUAAAUAUUGUGAUGGUGAUUAGUAGUGGUUCAUUGUGACACAGCAGGCAUUGGUAUUUCAACCUGGACAAAAACCCAUGGGCUUUGUGAUUAGAAAAUGAGGUCAGGUUUAAGUGAUCCUUAUCAUGGUGUUAUUAAUCCAAUUGAUACCUAAGUAUAAUUUCUUAUACUGCAAUACAGGGUGCACACAAUAUGUACCUUUUUAUUCAACAUGAAAUACAACCAUGUUGUAUGAUAGUUAUAAACUAUACAGUUCCCUGGUAUUAUGAACUAUAUUAUUAUAUAUAUAGUUAUAUAUUUAUAAUAAUGAAAUAUGGUAACCAUGUCACAAAUGAUCAGCACUGAUGCUGUUAAUAUUCUUUUGUAACGAUAUACAUUCUAUAGCUCAUGUAAUAUAAACGUAUAGUUUUGUAAUAUUGACUGAGAAGUAUAUUGCAAGAUGUUGAUUAACAGCCUUUAAAUGCUUUAAAGUGAUGCUUCACUUUCUGGGAUUUAAAAAAAUACAAUUUAUAUGUUUAGUUUUACUUGGCCUUGACAGCAAUGGGGGUAAUUUAUGAUGACCUGCCUGUUUUAUCCUACAGUAGUUGGUGUGGGGAAUUUGCAGUUUGUAGUCUAAAGCAAGAAAGCGCAUUUCACGGAACUCCAGAUUAACUACAAAUACAGCAAUGCUAGGCCACUAGUGGUUUUACAUGUGUAUGUUACCUGAUUGUCCUUGCAGUGUUUAAUACUAUUUCCGAUUCUAUCUAUUUCUUAUGCCAUGUGGCUGUACCAACUGGAGUAAAACAUAUUUUUUGGUUUAGACCACAAAUUUUGAAUACUUCCAUAUUUGCCCAUUGUAACCUGACAGGUUGUCAGAAUCUUCUGUAAAUAUCUGAAAUAGCCUUCAUUGCAUAUAAAAACUGUCUGGACUGUCUGUCAAAAACAUACAAUGAAACUGAUGUGUAAAAAAAAACCUAGGAAGUGAGCAGUUGCUUUAAGAUGGAUGCUGUUGAUGGUGCAGGCGACCAUGUGGAAUGUCUCACUUCACUCACUGCACCCAUUUCUAUAUUUCUUUCUAUUUUUACAGAAAUGUAAUCUGUUAUCUAAUGUUAUAUAAUGUGAAUUUGCUCUACAUGGCUAUUUUAAAUUAUUUUUGCUUUUGUUGAUUUGUUGGUAGAAUUAUGUUUGUUAUAAAAUUAGAUGCGUUAACUGUACAACAUGUUGAAUGUACAAAUGCAAAAUAAAAAAGUUUGUUUUCAUAUAA